GAGGAUCUUUUCUCUCUAUAAAGAGAAGAUGCAGCUCAGGCGCCUUUUGAGAUGAUCACAAGGACUUACUGCGCGCCACUCCGCACCCAACUUUAGACGUGCAAACGUGCGCCGCUGGACCACCAGCAGUAUUUACCCAGUGGACCGAGGGGCAACUUGAUUGCCCCUGCGUGCUCUGUCAAAGUGUCCCAGUCAUCGGAGAAGCGAAUGUGAGCGUCUCUUUGUUUUUUGGGUUGUUUCUGCGCUGCGAGCGGUAGUUGAGACUUGAGCACGUCGUCGCGUUUCGGCGCAGUUGGUGUUGCAGGUGCGCGGAGAAGGAGCCCGAGGACAGAUGGCUGCGCUGGCGAUACAGAGGACUGACAACUUUUUGCACACAUUUUUGCAGGACCGGACGCCCAGCUCGUCUCCAGAGGGAGCCCCCAACGCCCUCUCAUUCCUGGCCACCACCUGCAGCCAGGCCUGGCAGGUCGGAGGCACUAUGGGAUCAGAAGGCUCCCAGUUCCCCUACGAAAGCACCGUCAGCUCCACCUCGGGAAUGUUUCAGCUCUGGAGCAACGACAUGGCGCCCAGCACGGCCCUCAGCACCCACCAGAUGACUUUCACCGUGCCCAAGGUGCAGUUCCCGGGACACAUGCAGCCGGGUCUGGGUCACCAUCACCAUCAUCACCCCCAUCACCACCACCACCACCACCACCACGAGCUGCCUCUCACCCCUCCGGCGGAACCCCCCUCCUCCUACUCCUUCGAACUCUCCCCCGUCAAAGUGCUGUCUUCGCAGCCGCAGGCCACCGGCCCCUAUUACCCUCAGCACAACAGCGUAGGACAAAAUUUCCCCAGCUUCAUCCAGAACUCCUCGGCCAGGCACCACCUCGCCGGGGGCCACGCGGACGAAGGGCAGCAGUGGUGGAGCCUGCCGCAAACCAACGCCCCCGCCACCAACCAUCCCUUCUCCCUGGGCAGACAGCUGGUUUUGGGUCACCAGCCGCAGAUAGCCGCUCUUCUCCAGGGCACCUCCAAGGGCCUGCUGAGCUCCACGCGCCGCUGCCGCCGCUGCAAGUGCCCCAACUGCCAGGCCAACGGUGGCGGUUUAGAGUUUGGAAAGAAGAGACUGCACAUCUGCCACAUCCCAGAGUGUGGCAAAGUGUACAAGAAGACCUCUCACCUCAAGGCACAUCUGCGCUGGCAUGCCGGGGAGAGGCCCUUCGUCUGCAACUGGCUCUUUUGCGGUAAAAGCUUCACCCGUUCAGACGAGCUACAGCGGCACCUCCGCACGCACACCGGAGAGAAGCGCUUCGGGUGCCAGCAGUGUGGCAAGAGGUUCAUGAGGAGUGACCACCUCUCCAAGCACGUCAAGACCCACCAGACCAGGAAGAGCCGGUCCGGGCUGCCUUCACAGAGCACGGACCCUCUGCUCACCAACAUCAAGAGGGAGUAAUCUCCGCCAUCCGUCAUUCCAAAAAAAAAAAAUCAACAAUGAACAGACUCUGUGACUCCCACUUACUGCCAUAUGCUCGCACUCAAGGGUGAGCGUCAUGCUGCCCGAUAAUCUUGUCUGGUCAAAGCCCCGCUUUUGACUCCAAGUAAGACUAAAAUAUUUAAAGACCGUGUGCUGAUGGGAGCACCUGUAGAGAAUACUUGAAGCCUUUUUCAGUGAUAUUGUGAGAGUUUUGCUAAGUUUAGUGUAACGCUACACAAACAGAUGAAACGUGACUAAAUUUGAUGCCUUUAACAAUUUCAGAUUGGUUUGAAUUUCAACAAUUCAGUAUUCAUUUUGUAAAUAUUUUGAGAUGGAUGUGACAGAAAUGAGAGAAAUGAUGCAAGGUUUAUUUUAAUAUGUUGUGCAUAUUCUUUUAUUUUAUAAAAGCAAAGGUUGCUGUAAAAAAACACUCAUUUCUAAAUGUGUUAACAGGUUCAGAAUAGAAAUAUGUUUCUAUUGCUGUUAAUUUGAUUUUAUUCCAAAAUAAUAAGCUAAUUUAUGAGCCUUACGGUAGGGAUCUCUUUUGAAAUGUAAGUCUUUGAUCUACAGAUUUAUCUUGCUCUUAAGCAAUAAAUGUGUAGAAGCGUUGCUCCAGAUUAGCAAACACUUUAAUGUUUAAAUCCUUUGUAAAUUAUAAAUAUCAUUAACAUUUCACUGGGGUUAUGGCCGCAUGUAAUUUUUAAUAAACAAUGUCGAUGGUCAAACGAUGUCCCUGUUUUCUAAUAAUGUUUUUUCCUAACAUUUUGACAGCUCAUUAUGAAGUAAAUAUCUAAGGUGGACUGAAAGUGAAUGGUUUUUAACCCUUUUAGCUCAAUCAGUAAAUGUGGUAUUUUCGAAGAUCCAACAUUGUAUUUAAAUGAUAAUUUGAUUGCCUUCACUAUAG